AUGUAUUGACUACUUGCCUUGGAGUAAAGGUGACUUGCUCUUCUUUGGAAUAUGGUGCCUACUUUCAGCAUCUCAGUAUUUAUUGUGUCAGCGGUGAUUCUCUGCUGUUUGAUGUCACUAACGGCGGCCGAUAGCAAGCCAAGCUUCAUGAAGGCUCCUGAGGAUCAGAUUGGGAUUUCUGGAGGUGUGGCCUCCUUUGUAUGUCAAGCAACAGGAGAGCCAAAGCCACGUAUCACGUGGAUGAAGAAAGGGAAAAAAGUUAGCUCCCAGCGAUUUGAGGUGAUUGAAUUUGAUGAUGGGUCUGGAUCUGUACUGCGUAUUCAGCCACUGCGCAUCAAUCGGGAUGAAGCGAUCUAUGAGUGCACAGCUACCAAUAGUGUUGGGGAGAUAAACACCAGUGCCAAACUGACAGUGUUAGAAGAGAACCAGCUCCCAUCUGGCUUUCCGACCAUAGAUAUGGGCCCACAGCUCAAGGUAGUAGAGAAGGCCCGCACAGCCACAAUGCUCUGUGCUGCUAGUGGCAACCCUGAUCCUGAAAUCUCCUGGUUCAAAGACUUCCUUCCUGUGGACACGGCCACUAGCAACGGAAGAAUCAAACAGCUUCGUUCAGGUGGUACACCAAUCAGAGGGGCCCUGCAAAUUGAGAACAGCGAGGAGUCGGACCAGGGCAAAUAUGAAUGUGUCGCCACAAACAGUGCAGGGACCCGUUAUUCUGCUCCAGCCAACCUUUAUGUGAGAGUGCGGCGAGUGUCACCUCGAUUUUCAAUCCCUCCAAGCAACCAUGAGGUGAUGCCUGGAGGUAGUGUGAACCUCACAUGUGUAGCAGUGGGGUCCCCAAUGCCCUAUGUGAAAUGGAUAGUUGGAACACAGGAACUAACGAAAGAAGAUGAUAUGCCAAUGGGCAGGAAUGUUCUGGAACUGGUCAAUAUCACUCAAUCAGCCAAUUACACCUGUGAAGCCAUGUCCUCCCUGGGCAUAAUCCAAGCAACAGCACAGAUUACUGUCAAAGCUCUGCCAAAACCACCAACAACGCUAGUAGUGACGGAGACAACGGCUACAAGUGUGACUCUCACCUGGGACUCGGGAAAUGCUGACCCUAUCUCCUACUAUGUCAUCCAGUAUAAGUCUAAGACUUGGGAAGGCACUUUCCAAGAAGUGGAUGGUGUGGCGACCACCCGCUACAGUAUUGGUGGCCUGAGCCCUUUCUCAGAAUAUGAGUUCCGCGUUAUUGCUGUCAACAACAUCGGCAGAGGUCCCCCUAGUGAGCUGGUUGAGGCCCGGACAGGAGAGCAAGCCCCAUCAAGUCCACCUCUCAAAGUGCAGGCCCGGAUGCUGAGCGCCAGCACCAUGCUGGUACAAUGGGAGCAACCUGAAGAGCCCAACGGGCAGAUCCGGGGCUACCGGGUAUAUUUCACCACCAAUCCCCACCUACCACUCAACAUGUGGCAGAAACACAACACUGAUGACAGUCAUCUCACCACUGUGGGAAGCUUGAUAACUGGGACUACCUAUAGUAUCCGUGUCUUGGCUUUCACUUCGGUAGGAGAUGGGCCCCCUUCUGAUGUCAUCCAACUCAAAACCCAGCAGGGUGUUCCAUCCCAGCCGGUGGACUUCCAGGCUGAAGCAGAGUCUGACACACGGAUUAUGCUAACAUGGCGGCCAGCCUCCCAGGAACGCAUCACUAAGUAUGAGUUGGUGUACUGGGAAGGGGAUGACAAGAACCAGCAUAAGAAGACAUUCGACCCAACCUCUUCAUACGCAGUUGAAGGGCUCAAGCCAGACACAGUCUACAAGUUCCAGCUGGGAGCCCGCUCUGAGCUGGGGUUGGGGGUGUACACCCCAGUUUUGGAAGCCCGGACAGCACAGUCCACCCCUUCUGCCCCACCCCAAGAGGUUGAGUGUGUAAGCACCAGCUCCACAACCAUCCGGGUAAGUUGGGUACCACCGCCGGCUCAGAGCCGCAAUGGAGUCAUCACUCAGUAUUCCGUCGCGUACCAGGCGAUGGAAGGAGAGGACAGCACCAAGCAUGUGGUUGAGGGCAUCGGACAUGAGCGCUCCAGCUGGGAUAUCAGCAACCUGGAGAAAUGGACAGAAUACAAAGUGUGGGUGAGGGCUCACACAGACGUGGGUCCUGGGCCAGAGAGCAACCCUGUUUUGGUUCGCACUGAUGAAGACGUGCCCAGUGCUCCACCAAGGAAGGUGGAGGUGGAGCCAGUGAAUUCAACAGCCAUUCGUGUCUCCUGGAAAUCACCCCUCUCCAACAAGCAGCAUGGCCAGAUCCGGGGCUACCAAGUCACGUAUGUGAAGCUGGAGAACAAUGACUCGCGUGGACAGCCUGUAAUCAAAGAUGUCAUGUUUGCAGAGUCCCAGUGGAGGUUUAAGGACUCCACUGACCACGAAACGAUCAUAGGAGGUCUUUUACCUGAAACCACCUACUCCAUCACCAUCGCAGCCUAUACCACUAAAGGAGAUGGAGCCCGCAGCAAGUCCAAACUGGUUACUACAACUGGAGCAGUCCCAGGCAAUCCUACCAUGAUGAUCAGCACCACAUCCAUGAAUACAGCACUGAUCAAUUGGCACCCCCCCAAAGAGAUGGUCGGAGAGCUCCUAGGCUAUGUGCUGCAGUACAAACGGGCUGAUGAGGAGGAGAUGAAAGUUAUUACCUUUGAGAAGAGUGACGAUCACUACACCGUGACCAACCUUUACAAGGGUGCUACCUACAUCUUCAAGUUGGCUGCCAAGAAUAGAGCUGGCCCUGGGGAAGAGAUUGAGAGGGAAAUCACCACCUCAGAGGAGGUGCCAAAUGGCUUUCCCCAGAACCUGCGUGUGGUGGGACUGACCACCACGACAACUAAAGUGACUUGGGACCCUCCACUUAUGGCUGAGAGAAAUGGGAAAAUCACCAACUAUACUGUUGUGUACAGGGACAUUAACAGUCAACAGAAUUUGACCAAUGUUACUAAGGAGACGAGCAUCACUCUGACCAACCUCAAACCUGACACAACCUAUGACAUCAAAGUUAGAGCCCACACUAGCAAAGGAGCCGGGCCCCUCAGCCCCAGCAUUCAGUCUAGGACAAUGCCUAUGGAUCAAGUGUUUGCAAAGAAUUUCCGUGUCAGUGCUGUGAUGAAAACAUCUGUGCUACUUAGCUGGGAGGUGCCAGACUCCUACAAAUCUGCAGUUCCUUUCCAGAUUCUGUACAAUGGCCAGACUGUGGAGGUGGAUGGCCUGUCCAUGAAGAAGCUGAUUAAUGACCUGCAGCCAGACACAAAUUACUCCUUUGUGCUCACGAACCGUGGAAGCAGCGCAGGAGGGCUGCAGCACCGGGUCUUCAUCCGGACAGCGCCUGAUGUCUUGCAGAGCAAGCCCAUUGCUACACACAAAUACAUCAGUAAUGGGCAGUUCACACUCACACUUCCCAGAGUACAGACUUCUCUGCCGGUCAGGUGGUACUACAUUGUGGUUGUGCCAAUAGACCACUCAAGCAACAUCCUUGCCUCAAAGUGGAGGAACCCUGAUGGGAUGGAACUGGACCAGCUACUCGAGGCCCUAAACCAAGGAGUCCCAGACAAGCGCCGACGUCGGCAGGCAGAACAACUCAAGCCCUACAUUGCUGCCCAAGUGGAUGUUCUGCCUGAGACUUUCAUCUUGGGGGAUGAGAAGAUCUAUAAAGGCUUCUACAAUAAGCCACUUUCAGAAGACCUGAGCUACCGCUGUUUCGUACUAGCUUCGCUGGAGGAUGGUGAUACUAAGAAGUAUGCAGCCAGUCCAUUUUCAGAUGAGAUUGUGAUGGAGGUGUCGGCGUCGGCAAAACAGCAGGAUGAGCCAGAGAUGCUGUGGGUGAUGGGGCCUGUCCUGGCAGUCAUCUUAAUCAUCAUCAUUGUCAUUGCUAUUCUGCUCUUUAAAAGGAAAAGGGCCAAUUCCCCUUCUGCCAAGGAUGAGCAUUCCAUCGGCCUGAAGGACUCCUUGCUGGCCCAUUCAUCCGACCCUGUUGAAAUGAGACGGCUCAAUUACCAAACACCAGGUGCCAGUGGCCCCAGUUGCCCGAAUAUCUCAAGUAUGCGUGACCACCCUCCCAUUCCAGUGACAGACCUCGCUGACAACAUCGACCGGCUGAAGGCCAAUGAUGGGCUGAAGUUCUCCCAGGAAUAUGAGUCCAUUGAUCCAGGGCAGCAGUUCACCUGGGAGAACUCCAACCUGGAAGUGAACAAACCAAAGAACCGCUAUGCAAACGUGAUUGCCUAUGACCACUCUCGUGUUAUCCUGACCUCCAUUGAUGGGGUCCCUGGAAGUGACUACAUCAAUGCCAAUUACAUCGAUGGAUACCGCAAGCAGAAUGCCUAUAUUGCUACACAGGGGCCUCUACCAGAGACACUCAGUGACUUCUGGAGGAUGGUGUGGGAACAGCGCACAGCGACUAUCGUCAUGAUGACUCGGUUGGAGGAGAAGUCUCGGGUGAAGUGUGACCAGUACUGGCCAGGCCGUGGUACAGAGACCUAUGGAUUGAUCCAGGUGACAUUGCUGGACACAGUUGAACUCGCAACAUACACAGUCCGGACAUUUGCCCUAUACAAGAAUGGGUCCAGUGAAAAGCGGGAGCUGAGGCAGUUCCAGUUUAUGGCUUGGCCUGACCAUGGAGUGCCAGAAUACCCCACCCCUAUCUUAGCCUUCCUUCGACGAGUGAAAGCCUGCAAUCCACCCGAUGCUGGGCCAGUGGUUGUCCAUUGCAGUGCCGGUGUAGGCAGGACAGGCUGCUUCAUCGUAAUCGAUGCCAUGCUGGAGAGGAUGAAGCAUGAGAAGACGGUGGACAUCUAUGGGCACGUGACAUGCAUGCGCUCACAGAGGAACUAUAUGGUGCAGACUGAGGACCAGUAUAUCUUCAUCCACGAGGCCUUGCUUGAAGCAGCCACCUGUGGGAACACUGAGGUGCCUGCACGCAACCUCUUUGCUCACAUCCAGAAGCUGAGUCAGGUACCUCCAGGGGAGAGUGUCACAGCAAUGGAACUGGAGUUUAAGCUCCUUGCCAACUCUAAAGCACAUACCUCAAGAUUCAUCAGUGCCAACCUCCCAUGCAACAAAUUCAAAAACCGCCUGGUAAACAUCAUGCCCUAUGAACUAACACGGGUUUGCCUACAACCAAUCCGGGGUGUUGAGGGCUCAGACUACAUCAAUGCCAGCUUCGUAGAUGGCUACAGGCAGCAAAAGGCCUACAUUGCCACGCAAGGGCCCCUGGCUGAGACCACAGAGGAUUUCUGGCGAAUGCUGUGGGAACACAACUCCACCAUUGUAGUGAUGCUGACCAAGUUGCGAGAGAUGGGAAGGGAGAAAUGCCAUCAGUAUUGGCCAGCAGAGCGCUCUGCUCGAUAUCAGUACUUUGUGGUGGAUCCCAUGGCAGAAUACAACAUGCCCCAAUAUAUCCUGCGCGAGUUCAAGGUCACUGAUGCCAGAGACGGGCAGUCGAGAACCAUCCGGCAGUUCCAGUUCACUGACUGGCCUGAGCAGGGAGUACCAAAAACAGGCGAGGGCUUCAUUGACUUCAUUGGGCAGGUCCAUAAAACCAAGGAGCAGUUUGGGCAGGAUGGGCCCAUCAGUGUGCACUGCAGUGCGGGGGUUGGCCGCACUGGAGUGUUCAUCACAUUAAGCAUUGUACUGGAACGCAUGCGCUAUGAGGGAGUGGUUGACAUGUUCCAGACUGUGAAGACCCUGAGGACACAGCGACCAGCCAUGGUGCAGACAGAGGACCAGUACCAGCUAUGCUACCGGGCUGCGCUGGAGUACCUUGGCAGCUUUGAUCACUAUGCAACGUAACUAGUGCUUUUCGACCAGUUGCAGCAGGAAUGUCCAAAAGCAGAGACGGGUUUCUUCCCAGCCAGCCGCCCAUUCGUUAGUCCUUCUGUGCAGAAAAUGCUGCUGCUGCUACCGCAACAGCCUCCCCACAACAUGCCAAUUCUGACCACAGUAUUUAGGAAAGUUGCCACAGCGCCAAAGGUGGGACCAGCUUCUAGAGUGUUUCCAAUCAUCAGAUGACUAUCUCUUAAUGCCCCCACUCCUACUCCUGAUAGCAUUUCAUUGUGAGGGUCACUGGGUGGAUGGAAUGGGAUCUUUUAUAUAUGUAAAAUAGUUAACUAGUCUUUUUAUAUCUUUUCUUUUUUUAAAUUCAUUUGCAAGUCUUAAAGUUUUGCUCAGGCAAAACAGGAGAAAGGAGGUGAUGGGUUUUAAUUUCCUUUUUGCUCCC